GCCAUUCUUAUUCUCUUCUCUCCCUCAUCGCUAAUUCUCUCUCUCUCCCUCCCAGUUCUAAUUUUAUUAUUUAUUAAAUCAAAAAGGAGAGAUAAAUAUAAGAUUCUUUUCUGGUUAAAAUAUUUUUCUCAUCCGGUUACUUAAAAAAUUACUGUUUUACCGCAGUAGUUUUUUUCCAAAAAAAUACUAACUGCUGACGUGGCAUGCAUCCAAUAAAAAACCGCCAUGAAUACCAAAACGAUGCGUCUUCCCCCACGCCGUGUCCUCACAUCAGACAAGCGAGUUAUCUCCGGCGCCGUCGUCGGUAAACCCGCCGUCACAAAUCCGCCACCGCCGCCGAUUAAAUCCAUCCUCAAGAAAACUGAAUCCGUCGCUCCGACAACAACUACCGCCGCCGCCGCCGUAGCCGAGCAGGCCGGUUCUAACCGGCUCGUCGCCGGUUAUCUGGCUCACGAGUUUCUCAACAAAGGCACACUCUUCGGAGAGCAGUGGAACCCAGCAGGCCCAUUUUCGGCCCAAUCCACCGAGCCGAGAAAGACUAAGCCGAGCCAUGAUAUCGAGCCGAGUGAACAUAAGCGGAUGAGAUAUGAGGAGGUUGCUAGUAUCCUCCGGGCAGACGGGACCCACUUGCCCGGUAUCGUCAACCCUUCACAGCUUGCCCGCUUCCUUAAAUUGUGAUGGCGCAAAUCCACGUGGAUUAAAGAGAUUGGCGCGUCCACCGAAAAUCAGUACGGUUGUUAGCACCGAAACAUUCCUUCUUUGUCUUCGUCGCUUAUGUUCGAAAUUGACUCAGAAAUGUUAGGGUUCUUGUUUUUGUUGGGAUUAGAUGUACUGUCUUGUUUUUUUUUUUGUAAAUCUAGUUAUGCAUUAAAUCAACUGUUUUGAAAAAACUAUUUCUGUUAAAUUUCUGAUUUCAUUAUGCAUUAAUUCUUAUUAUAUAUGUUAUUGCUGAUUUCUUUUCAUGUUAAAAAGAGAUGAUAACUUGAUGAUUCUUCCAUAAGUGAAACCCUAGGAUGAAUCUUCUCUGAUUAAAUCGUAGAUCCGAGUUUUGUGGACAACCCCAGAACAUGGAUUCACAUUCGUUUCAUGCCUUAGUCCCACCUUCGUAUUAAAAGGCGAUUUUUUUUUGGCGGAUACGAAUUGUGCAUUGUAAAGAUCGUUAUGAAUCUUCUUGAUCACUCAAAAUAGAAUGUAGCUUAUUAUGUAAUAUAAAUGAUGGAGAACAUCUUGAAUGGCUUCUGUACAUUUAUCAAAAGAUUGAGCAGAGCACGGAGUAGAGACAGGCUGCAAAAUUGGAAAUGUGGGCAUAUCUAAAAGCAUUGUGGCCCACAUUUGUUGAGAGAUAGAGGAAUCUCUUACCAGCUGGAUAUACACAUACAUGCAUAUGCAAGUACAUAUCGUUUUAGGAGGUCUGAAAAACAGCCAUGAAGGUCCCUCAUGGGCUGCGACCAAGUCGACCCUGAAGUUAUGUACCAAAGCUGACAGACGGCCAAAGCCAACAUACACAAUAAGAAUAAUGUACACAGUAUACGAGUGUUCUCUUUUGUCAACCAGUAAACCAUUGUUCUCUUGUUAUAACUUAUAACUAAUAAAAUAUGCAUACAUGAUGUCUAGGCAUUCGGGUACCCGUUUGUGUUCGCAUUGGGUAUUUUAGAUUUUUGAGAUUUACAAAAUUUACAUUCAUAAGUCCUUUUAAUAUUUUACUAGUCG